ACUCUUUGUCGUACAAUAUGCACACAUAAAAUCGAUUCCAGCGCGGCUAUUAUUUGCGCGAUCGAUGAAGGCUCCGUAUUUAGAUAUUUUUGUUCAAUGUAAAUUUUAACACUACUCAUACAUGUACAUACAUUUGAUCCUAUACACAGGUGUGACAAGCUCGAAUGCAUUGUGCUCAUAAGCGCGACUCGCGAAUUCAAUAAUUCGACUACCUGUGUCCACGUGACCUAUGCGCAGGUGCAUUUGUUGUUGCAUGUCAGACAAUAGUCUAUACAGAUGAACAGAAGGGGAAAGUUGUCGUCUGCUCCAGUGCGCCUUCGUCCGGCAAGCUGGCUUCUAUGAUUUUGAGGUUAGCCCCUUCUCCCGCAGUACCGAUUACUCAUGUCUUUUUGAAAAUCUUCAGCAAAUCAAUCGACGAAACUUCGAGUGCACGUCGUUGUAACGGGGCUCCGGUGCCUAUAUGUCUGUUAAGUCCGCGAGGUUAGUCUGUCAAGUUGAUUUAAAUGAAUUUGUGGCCUUGAAUUCUGUGGAAUCUAUAUCGCCCCUAAAAUGCUUCACGCGGAAACGAAGAAUAACGAGACGAAGAAUGUUUUCAUAACAUCUCUUAUCUCUGGAGCUGCUGCAGGCGUAGUGUGCGAUAUAGUGUUCUUUCCCUUGGAUACACUCAAGACAAGAUUGCAAAGUCAGCAUGGAUUUGUCAAGUCAGGGGGCUUUAAAAGAGUUUAUCAAGGAAUUGUGCCAGUUAUGAUAGGUUCUGCACCAGCGGCUUCUGUAUUUUUCGUAACAUACGAUGGAAUCAAGCAUAUACUUCAGCCUCUUCUUCCACAUCAGUACCAUUCCAUAAUUCACAUGGGUGCUGCUUCGUGUGCUGAAUUGGUUGCAUGUCUAAUCCGAGUACCAGUUGAAGUAGUCAAGCAACGAAAGCAAGCUUUGCUCAAUGAUACAGAAAGAUUGAGGCUAAGGACACUUUUUCGUGGCUAUGGCAGUACUGUAUUGCGAGAUUUGCCUUUUGGACUUGUUCAAAUGCCUCUAUGGGAAUAUUUUAAGCUAUGCUGGACACAUAAAGUUUGCAGAGAGUGUACACCCAUAGAAGGAGCUGCUUGUGGUGCCGCUUCAGUAACAGUGUCAGCAGCUUUAACAACACCGUUAGAUGUUGCCAAAACUAGAAUAAUGCUGUCAUCUACAUCAGCUGACAGCAAGGAAGUUCGAAUAUCAGUUAUGUUAAAGGAAGUGUACAAACAAAGUGGAUUUCGCGGUUUGUUUGCUGGUUUUCUUCCAAGAGUUGGAGGAUUUACAGCAGGUGGAUUCGUAUUUUUUGGCGUCUAUGAACAAGUUCGCGAACUCUGCGAUUCAAAACUUAAUGAUCAAACAUAAAAAAAAAAUCGUUCUUCAGUAUUUUCUCUAAAUCAAACUGAGCUUCCGCUAUUGUAGAUAAAAGAAAAAUGGCACAAAAUAGCUUUUAACCGAAGGAUCGGUUGAAAUGUGAUAAAUUACCUCGUGAUUAUAAUUAUAAGGUAUACUAAUAAAGAGUUAUAAUUUUAAUAAAAAAAAUAUUGCUUUUAAACAAAAUGUGUAAUUGUUAUACAGAACUGCAUUGUUUCAGAGAUUUGAUAACAACAUACGUUAUCACAGAUUCGGAAUAUAGGCCUUAAUGCGCUUUUAAAAUUUCUUCCAGUAAUAAAAAUUUGCAUAUCAACUCGCGCACCUUUAAGUCCAGAAUAAGAAAGUAUAACUUUUCAUCAAAAAUAUUUUUGAAGACUAUAAAAAUCGUUUGUAAUUUGUAUGAUACCUUCUACGCUUUACCUCAUAUUUACUAAACGCUCUUGUACAAAACUAACAUUAAUUAAAAAUAAAAGUAUUUGCUUCUUCUACUUCGAAUAAACUACACUUAAGAAAAGUAUAACUGGAUAUACGUUAUUUAAAUAGCGAGUAUAUAAUUCUUCGUUCAAGAAUCUUCGUUUUAUUUCAAUAAAACUUCGUAACUUGUGAAAAAAAUGGAUAGCAACAACUUUUAGAUGAUUCAUUAACAUAAUAAUAAAUGUAUACGUAAAAUUACGUAUUGUAAAAGGAGUAACUUAACUGAUCUUUACAAGCCAAGACCUGGCUAACAGUGAUUGUUAAAGUAUCUCUCUUCAUAUUAUAACAAUUGCGAGCAUUUAGUCGUUUUUCAAGAGAAUACUUGUUAUCGAACGUUUUAUAUUUUAUAUCAAAUCAUCUAGAAAAAGGCAUGUGGCAUCAUUUGACUAGACUUUAUAUUCCAAAAACAAAUAUUGCUUUGUACAAUCUCUGAGUUAAAAAGAGCUAAAAAAUUAAAAAUAGAGUAGUGUACUAUAGCAUAUAAAAAAUAUAUGCGUAUCUAUGAAUUUUAAGUAUAAGUUUAGACACAUGUUAUUCUCUUUUAGUUAAAAGUGAGAAAUGAUUUCCAUGACUUAGAUAAUCAAGAAACCCUAAACAUUGUCUCAAAAAUGUAUAGAUGCAGUUAAUGUGUUACGUCAAAGUAUUAUAUGCCCACCUUAAGUGAUUCUUAUUGAAUAUCCAUUAGUAAAAUUCAAUUGUACUUCACCUGUGUAUACAGUACAAAAGUGAGUUAUUGGUUCAGUCAUUUGCACAAGUCCUUAAAUAAAAAAAAGAGCCUGUGCUUGGUUUUUAUCACAAGGGACAACAUUUAGAAUGUUUGUGUUCAUCUACAAGAGUAAUGAAGUCUCCAAGAUUGCUUGCAUUCAAUGGGUUUGAAAUGUAAUCCUCUGCCACCACAUUGAAUAUCUCCACUGCAAAGAUAAAGUAAAAAUACUGUAUUGGUUGAUGCAAAUUUAUCUUGUAUAAAUUCAAGACUUUAAUAUCAUGUCAAUACAUAACUUUUUUUUAAUAUAAAAAUAAAAGCCAGAGAAUAGUAUAUAACCCUUACCAACAUUUUCUCCAGUUUUGCUUGAAGUCAAAAAAAACUUUGACUGUACACCAUCUGCAUAUUCCUCAACUGUUUCUAAACUAGGAUUUGCUUGUUCAACGGAUUCUAGCAAAUCUUUUUUUGUUGCACAUAAAUACACAGUACAAUUUUCCUCAACACUUCUUAGUUCUCUCAUCCAGAAUUUUGCUCUGGAAAAUGUUUCUGGAUUUGUGACAUCGUAACAAACUAUGGCAGCUGCUGCGCCUCGAUAAUAUAUUUUAGCCAUUGCUUGAUACCUUUAAAAAUAAAAGAAACAGUAGCAUGAUCCUCUAUUAUAUUUUUAGUUAAUGCUAAGCAUGUUGAUAGUUGCAUACCUUUCACUUCCUGCUGUGUCCCAAACUCCCAGGACAAGUUUUUUAUCUCCAACUUGUACUUCUUUAGAUGCGAAUGCUGAUCCAAUAGUCUAUAAGUGAAAUUAAUUUCAUAUUUAUGUAUUUAAAUCAGAAAUAAACAGAUUUAUUAAACUUAAA